GCUAGGCCAACAGACCAGACAGCUCGGCGGCAGGCCGAACUUUCGCGCGGAUUUUAAUUCUGUUGCACACAACGUUACGUUCAGUACAUAAGUAAAACGCGCAGAGCAGACAGCUUGGCGGCCGCAUUGUCAAGUGAAAACCGUUGUGAUUUUUUGGCGCAAAAAUUCUUAAAGCUAUUAAAAAUGAAUUUGAACGUGGUGGACGCCGAAGAUCAACAGCUAUACAAUAACUUGCAGCUAUUAAAUUCGCAACUGUGCUCAUUGAUUGAUGACAAAGAGUCGCGUCCCGUACAGUUAACGAACUGCAAGAGAAGCGGCGCUGGAAGCGUGUUGCACGAACUCAAUCAAAUGGUCUGCGAAUUGACACUGGAUUCGAAUGCGCCACAAUUUGAGUUUCACGGAUUUGGAUGCGUUCAGUCGUUGGGUAUGCCCAAGCGGCUGCUCUGCUCGAACGACGGCGCCGUCAAAAAAGAGCCAAAAUCAAAUGCGGACAGCAGCGUUCAAGGUCAUUUUGGUGCGCGCCAAAACAAAAGGCAGUCGCAGAAGGAGAACUUGGGCCAUCAGAAGGAGUGUGGCGCACUUGCCAUCGAGCAAACUGUUGAGCUGUUGGGCAAUUGCAACGAACGCAAUCUUGUGCUGCGUUUGAUGGAUCUGUUUAAAUCGAUGCAUGAGCACAUUAAUUCAGAAUUACCAAGUCAUCAGCUAAACUCGAUGCCAUCCGAUUAUGUUUUCGACUUACCCACAAAGCAAUCAAUGCCCAAAGGCUGCAACAUACGCCAUCAAGUACAGGUGCUGUGCACCAAAUUGGAACGCUUUAUUGCACGUCAGCGUCGCAUCCUGGAGACCAAUCGCCACUUUGACUACACCAAGUAUACUGAAUGCGAUGGGCUACUCAAUAGCGCCUCGGAUGGGCAUCAGGCUCUCAAGCAGUUCACAAAUGUGGAUCUGCGCCAACGCAAUUUUCAGUUCAUCAGCCGUUUGGCUAAUGACAAUGCUGUUCUGCUGGAAAUGCUGCUGCUCAAUCUGCGUGAACGUAUCAAAUCUGCUCAUAUUCACGUAUACGUUUUUAAUUGGGAAAUGGAUAUCGAGCAUCGCUAUUCUGCGUCCAUGACAGCACGUCUCGAGGAGACGAAUAAUAGAGCUUUGGCAUUGGCUGUUGCUGACAUUCGGGCAACUCAGCCACCUCAAUUUAGCUUCGAGGAACAGCUAAUUGCUAAACGUUAUCAGCUGGGUAACGUGGUCAGCUGCGCCAAAGAAAACGAAGACUUUCUAACAGCACUGCUGCAAUCGCCCGAGAACUACUUUCCACCAGAGAUCAUUGCCCUCUGCGAGCCUCCCAAGAAUAUCAGCAAGCUGACACCAAUCGCACCUGUCUCUGCCUAUGAUGCUGUAGAUAGUUUGGAGCAUAUAGUCUUAGGUGGCGAUAUUCUCGAAGUGGCACCAUCAUCACCGCCAAGAGUCAGUCAUCGCUCCCAUAUUCCAAAGUGUAACAGAGGUUAGAGCGUUGGGGAAUUGAGACGAACUAUUCAAAUUAACUAAUCAAAACAAACAAAACGACAGUUAUCGUCUAAUAUAUACAGAAAAUACAAAUAAUUGAUAGACAUUUUAAUGGAUUGCAUCAAUAUUUAUAAUUAUCACUAUUAAAUUAUCGACAACUUAUUGGAAAAUUUAUACGUAUCAAAUGUAAAUGUACUAUUAACCAAAAGAAAAUAUCUUGUAUUGAAGAAAUAAUUAUACAUAAUUUUCGCAUUUUGAACAUAUUUACAGAAACUGUAUAAUUGUUAUACAUUAAGAAUUUAUUUUGAUUUUAAACGACUCAUCCAUAAUUGUAAUUAUUAAGAGUCGUAUUAACAUUCUUAAUUUUUGCCAGCCAAACAAGAAGAAAAUGUAAUUACAUUUAAUAAUCUAUUCAGCUGCA